UAUUUGAGGAAGGUCUUGCUUAGGGUGACUAGCCAGUAGCCCACUAGCUCUUUUCAUCAAUAAAUCAGUGAUUGAGUUCACCACCAACAUUUUGUAGCAAUUUUUCUCUCCACGCUUUCGCGCUCUGUAGCCUAAGAAUCCCCUUUUUCUUUGUUUCAUUGUAAGAAAAGUUUGUAGGGAUGGUGAAGAAAACCUACUUCAGAAAGAGGAAGCGGAAGCAGAAGCAGGCCGAGUCCGAAAUGCAGCCAGAAGAAGAGAUUCCGCAAGGCUUAGACGUUUUCGUGCAGCUUCCAAGGAUUGAUGACAAUUGCGCUGAGGCCGAGUGUGACGCAAACGCAAUGGACGUAACAAAUGCUGCAGAGUCUUCUCAACACAUUCAGCAGAACGUGCAAUUAUCUGGAGAAGCAAUCUGCACCAGUGUAAACUCAUUGGUAAAAAAUGUUCCUCGUCGCCGAACAUCAAAACACAAGAAAGGUACAGAUGUAGGAAAUAGUGCAAAACGUCCAGAUGUAGGAAAUGGUGCAAAACGAAAAACUGCACGCCCACACCGAGAACAAAUUUGUGAGGAGGUUGUUUGUUUAGGCAAAUCUGUAGUUACCCCGCAGCGUUCUCUUCGUUGUCGUGGACAAUCCAGGAUAAGAAGCAGUGACCUAGGGGAGUUAGACUCAGGAACCCUUAGUUGCUAUCUGGAGAAAAUAUGGGCGAAGAUUCCCGAAGAGAGGAGAAGUUUAUUUACUUACCUUGACUCCUUUUGGUAUUACAUGUACACAAACAGAAACUUUAAACCUAAGGUGCUGAAUUGGAUCAAGAGUAAAGACAUCUCCAAAACAUAUGUUUUUGUUCCUAUUGCUCAGUGGGGCCAUUGGUUUCUUUUGAUCAUUUGCAACAUGGGCAAAGGUGUUCAGUCAAAAGCCAGUACUCCAUGCUUGUUGCUGCUGGACUCGAUGCAAGUAGCCCAUGCUAAACAAAUGGAACCCGGGAUAAGAAAAUUUGUGUUCGACAGUUACGGCGCAGGACAGACAAAAGAGGUGCAGCAGAUGAUCAGAAAGAUCCCUUUUCGAAUUCCCAAGGUUCCACAGCAGAAAGACAACAAGGAGUGUGGGUACUAUGUUCUGUACUACAUCAGUCGUUUCUUGGAACUUGCUCCUGAAGAAUUUAGUUUGUCUGAUGGCUACCCUUACUUUAUGAAGAAAGACUGGUUUACUCCUGAGGAGUUGGACAACUUCUGUAAUGAACUGAAGUCUUCUCCUCCGCGCGGAGAUUCUCCUUCUCCCAAACCUGAUGAAUCUUCAUCUGAUUCUGGGAGUAUUGACUUGCAAGACUGCUGUAUAUCUUAGAUUAGAUGGCAUGAUCCUUUGUUUCCUAGAAAUUGUUUGAGUCACUUCAGUAUACUCUUAGUGGAUCGUUUGAUUUGAGAACAAAAUAUGUUAAAGCUAGAACCAAAAGGGGUUAACUUGGUCAGGAGUAUGAACCCAUGUCUUAAUGUGUCAUGUGUGUGUAUGCACCAACUCACUCAAUGAAUGAAGGAACAAGUUGCAUUAUACAUAGUGGAUUUUACAUAGUGGACACCUUAACUUAGACUCCAUUGAGACUCGAUCUCAUGUAUGAACAACUCAGGGAGAAUCUCCGCUUGGAGGAGAAGACUUCAGUUCAUUACAGAAGUUGUCCAACUCCUUGGAAGUAAACUAGUCUUCCUUCAUCUGUAAAGCAAAUAUCAUAAUUAGAACGACCAUGAUGAUUGCUUCGUAUGAUAUACUAUGAAGAUAAUGGUGUCUGUGGGGGGUUCGCAAAGUAAGGGUAGCCGUCAGAGAGACUAAAAUCUUCAUGAGUGAGUUCCAAGAAACGACUGAUGUAGUAUAGAACAUAGUACCCGCACUCAUUGUUGUCUCUCUGCUGUGUAACCUGGAAUGAUUCACUUGUUUCGUGUGAGAGAGCGUUUAAAAUACAAGAUCAGGCGAGUGAGUGGAAAUUAUAAUACCACCUUGGGAAUUCGAAAAGGGAUCUUUUUGAAGAUUCAUCAGGUUUGGGAGGAGGAGAAUCCCCACUUGGAGGAGAAGACUUCAGUUCAUUAUAGAAGCUGUCCAACUCCUCGAGAGUAAACUAGUUUUCCUUCAUUUGUAAAACAAAUAUCAUAAUUAGAACGACCAUGAUGACUGCUUUGUAUGAUA